CACCACCCAGAACACAGCAACAUCCACAAACUCCCUACAUAUAAUCCCAAAGGAACCUCAACAAAAAGAGAUCACACACCUCACGGUCUCAGUCUCACUCACACAUCUUUUAAAUAUAACAUUUUAUCUCUCUCUCUUAAAAAAAGAGUCCGAUUCUCCGCCAUGGGAGGAGUGAGCAACAACAUCACGGCGGUGCUGAACUUCAUCGCCUUCCUCUGCUCGAUCCCGAUAAUCGCGGCCGGAAUCUGGCUGGCGUCGAAGCCGGACAACGAGUGCAUCCACUCGUUCCGGUGGCCGGUGGUGGUCCUCGGCUUCCUCAUCCUCCUCGUCUCCCUCGCCGGCUUCGUCGGCGCGUACUGGAACAAGCAGGGGCUGCUGGCGCUCUACCUCUUCUGCAUGGCCGUCCUGAUCGCCCUUCUCCUCAUCCUCCUCGUCUUCGCAUUCGUUGUCACGCGCCGCGACGGCAGCUACGCCGUCCCCGGCCGCAACUACAAGGAGUACCGCCUCGACGGCUUCUCCGACUGGCUCCGCGACCAGGUCGCCAGCUCCAAGAAUUGGGCCAAGAUUCGGACCUGUUUGGCCGAUUCCGAUGUCUGUACUACGCUCGCGCAGGAUUACAUCAACGCCGAUCAGUUCUUCGCUGCUCACAUCUCUCCUCUCCAGUCAGGGUGUUGUAAGCCACCAACAGCAUGUGGGUACAACUAUGUGAACCCAACACUGUGGAUAAACCCAGUGAACCAAAUGGCUGAUCCAGACUGCUACUUGUGGAGCAAUGACCAAAACCUGCUCUGCUACAACUGCAACGCCUGCAAGGCGGGCCUGUUGGGGAAUUUAAGAAAAGAAUGGAGAAAAGCCAAUAUCAUUCUUAUAGUGGCACUUGUUGUCUUGAUAUGGGUCUAUCUCAUUGCCUGCAGUGCCUUCAAGAACGCACAAACGGAAGAGCUCUUCCGCCGCUACAAACAGGGUUGGGUCUAAUCUCGUUUCCAAACAGACCCAAUUUUCAGAUUGGCAUUUUUGUUUCUUUCUUUCUCAUCAUUCUAAUGAUGAAUUAUGUCUCUGUCAACUAAUGUACAUAUUCCACUGCUCUCUCUCUCUCUCUCUCUCUGUUCCAUGGUGUCAGGUAGUCUAAUUCACGACACCAGUAUCAGUUCCAACACUAGUUUGUAACUAUAUCGUUUCAUUUUGUAAUUUCAACCUUUUUCUCUAGUGUAAUUGACGCACCAACAUUGGAACUUUUAAAAAUUCCUAGAUACUCUCCGACCUCCUUAAUGGCGGGAAAUCUUGUCCUGGAACAACAGAACAAUUUUUAAUUAA